GUUUUCUUCGUGCAGCAAAUCAUUUACAAAUCUCAGUACUAUUAUUACAAUAAUAAAUACGGAGUACUCCGUAAUAAUGAUGACAAAUUAACAGCAUAGUUCUCAUUUCUCAAGUAGAAUUCUUAAUCGACAGGAUCAGAUUAGUAUUGGAAUCCUUCAACAUGCUCCAUGAUCCAUUUUUUCUUUCUUUUAUCACUAUAUUUUGCAAAAAGAAAAACACACAUUUCAAAAAAUAAUUGAGGAACGACGGCAUGGUUGAAGGCCACUGGGUAUCUGAUCUGGCUAAUCUCAUAACUGCAUUAUAGUCUGUCAAUUCCAAAUCUGCAAACGAAUUUAAGUAUUUCUUUUCCCCACACGCCCAGUCCCGCUGAGCUGUGGCUGCUCAGCUAUGUCAAUUACAUAUACUAUUCAAAUAAUAUGAAAAAUAAUCUAGAUCCAUAUUUUGAUCUUAGAUUAUUGUAGUAAAUAAUCUCAUCAAAUAAUCUAUGUCACUCAAUGAUAAUUCUCAAAAAAAUUUGCCAUGUCACCGAGUUGAUCUCAUAAUGAUCCUACCAAUGAGGAUGCGUAUUAUAUUGAUGAUUGUAUAUUUAUUAUUUCUAUUUAUUUGGAAUUUCAAUCACGAAAGUUUCCAACGCAUACUUGGUAAUAUGGUUACUCGAUCGAUCGCAUCAGAUACUUAUAUGGAGAAUGAAACAAGAGUACCUGUAGGGUUUCCUUGGCGGUUUCCAUCCCCCUUCUUUUCUUUUCAAGCAAAUCAUGUCCGGAUUUCGUCAUUUACACCAAAUCUCCAUUCUAAUGCAUUUUGCGAUACAUCAAUUUCAAACAAAUUAUUUGGCAUUUAGCGGUUAGCUGAUAGGAGAUAGCAGAUUAU